GGAGAGGGUUAAACGAAAACACAUCAUCACCUUACACAAACUCGGCGACGAUGACGAUGAUCUCAUCCUCUACCGAUUCGUGGCUUUGGUACAGUAGCAGCAAUACAGUAGUUCUCUUCCUGUGCACUCAAGCUUCUUGAAGGAGCGUGGAGCAGGCUGUCGGAGCUCCUGUCCUUGGCAUUUGGCAUUGCUGUGAGCAAGCAGGACGCAAGUCCAUUCGCAAGGACGAAAGGAUUGAAUGCACGGAAUCGAAUCCAUCAAUCCGCAAGUCCCUACAGACAUGAGAGAAAGCCACAACAGCAAUCAUGUUCGUCACGACACAACCAAUCGAGGGGUUUCAGAGGAGGACGAGUUUUUCCAACAUGCCAUGAUGGCCUCCAUGGCGUUGGCGCGUCGAGCAGGAGGUGGUCUACAGCCCAUCCAUCAUCAUCAGUGGAAUGAUCAGCAGUAUUACUACUAUCAUUACUAUCCCGACGACGAAACCAAAUUUAUCGGCAUUAUUCCGUGGACCUUUCGGAUCAUCAAACUAUGCGCUUUUGGUCUCCUGCUCCUCUUCUCUUCGGCCACGUGCUAUGGUGUCUUUUAUUGGGCCGUCAUGCCCGGCAAUUACGCUUCGAGACCCUUGUUCUUUGAUUACACGGGAACGGCACCCUAUCCUCAUCUCAAUGUCACCUUUAGCACAACACCCUCUUCAACCAAGCAAGAACAACAACAUACAACGUUGCAAACCUCCUGUAGUCCUCCGUCAGUUGUAGACGCCGACUCAUGCAGCACUGCUACAGCUUCCACAACAACAAUCUACUACUCGUAUGCCCCAUGGGCCACGGUCGAUUUGUUUGUUCGGGAACAAGCCGUCGUGUGGGGCGUGGAAACCCUCCACGAAGAAGCCUUGCCGCCCCCCGAAACCACACAUCGCAUCCUCCAACCCGGUCAACCCUACUACGUCGAAUUGCACUUGACAUUGCCCGAAACACAACUCAAUCGCAAUGUCGGCAUGUUUGGAGUGGGCGUCGAUCUCUUGUCGGAUGACACGAAUGGGACCACGUUGCGAUUGGCGUCGUCGGUACGACCCGCUCGAUUGCCGCAUGAAAGUGGCUGGGUUGCCGUGGCGCGCAAAUUGGUGUGGUUGCUGCCAAUCAUUUUUGGCGGUGUUCCAGAGAGUCGGAGCAUUGUCAUUCCCUCCUUUCGGCAUAUUGUCGAAAGUCAAAACUAUCCAUUGCGUCAUGUAGUAGUUCGGCUGGUCAGUCAGCCGCAGGCAUCCAAACCCUAUUCUGUGGCAACCACAACAACAACAACAAUCAACGACCAAUCGGCCACACCAACAACAAGGCCAAUAGAAGUCAUUCGAGGAGAAGUAAGGAUUGGCAAAGAACUCAAUGCCUUUCAGGAGGUACUCAAGGAAUGGUUCUACACAUGGUAUUUCGUGGGUACCAUGAUGUUCUUUAGUUUGCACACGGCAAUCUAUGGUCUCGUUCAGUACUACUGGAAUCAGGCCGAAGAGGACUACGGUUGUUAUGAUGGAGAUGAUCAACCGUACUAUGAUCCGUCAUUGGAUGAUGAUUUCAAUAAUGAAGACAACAACCAUCGUGAUGAUGACUUUGAUAGUAUACAUGAAAGAGACGACAAUGGCAGCGAUAUGGAUAGUGGCAGUAUCGACCAUGCAGAAGGCGGUCGUUCGGAACAAAACGACAAUGGUCCUCCAGGGUGGGGUGACGAGGACGACAAUUCGGACGAUUGGGAGGAAUGCCCGCCUGAAAAUGCAACCGCGCAGUCACCUCCGGUGGAUGUCACCAUUAAUGCACGUGACAUUCCAAGAGACCCGCCUUCCACAAGGAGACGUCAAAGGAGAACAGCAGCUAGUAAUAGGGGCCAACGGCAGCCAGAUAGAAGCUCUACAAUGCCACCACGCGGCAACAUUGGGACCAUUCCAAAUGACACAGCCACCCAUCCGCGGCAAUCGUCCUUCGACAACAGCAAUCUCCAGCCAAAUCAGCCUCCAACACGACGUGAAAGAAAACAAUCCGCUCGUGGAGACCAGCAAUCGACAACCCACCCGAUGCCUCCGGAAACCUUGGUUGCUCCAAGUGACUUUUCAAUUCCACAAUCAGCCCUCCAACAUCCUCCGCCACGAAACGGAGAAACAGUGAUUGGCCGGAAUGAGCGGAACAGGAAUCUUGGUACAUGGGUAGAUUCGGCUUUGGAAGCCGCCAAUGUACAAGGUAUGCCUCCAGCAAUAACUCGGGAAGAACCGAAUGAGGACGCAGAGGUUUUCUUUGACUGCUGGGAAGAAGAAGAUGUUCCAAUAGAUGAAGGUGGUGAAUCUGGUAGCAACGAAGGCUGCGAAGAAGAGCAUCUUCCGAUUGACGACGAUUGUGAAUCUUCUAGCGAUGCGAGUGUGAGUGCGAGUUUGAGUGCGAGUUUCGACCACAAUGGAUGUACUCCUACAGUUGAGCAAGUUGAGACUCCCUCUGAGCCUUGCCGAAUUGUUCCACCUACCGGUACACGUACAGCUUCGUACAGUACAGUUGUCCCUGUUGUAGCCCCACCUGUCCAUUCAGAUUCUCCAGGUGAAAGAAGCACAAUUCGCCAGCCUUCAUGUGAGACGAGCAGUGCUGCAGAGUUGCAGAAGGGCGGCGAGGAUGCCUGUGCCUGGCGAGGAGCACAAGCCCGUAGUGAUUCUCGUGGACCAUCGCCAGAUGCAUGUCCCGCAGGAGUACCGCAAAGUCAGCAAGACGCAUGCCUGCCAGAAAAGUCGGCACCAACACACACGAGCCUCGGUGGUGUUCCACUCGACAAGGUCCCUACCACGGCAGAAUCUACCAAAGACACGAACAACAACCAACAGCUUCCAGGUGAGGUCAGCAGUUCUGCCGUCACUGUUGCCAAAGAUGACGCAAGUAUUCCCAAAGAAGCAGAAGUUGACGUUUGUGCACAACAAGACAGCAACAGAGGAGACGGGAAGCAGCAAUCCGUAGUGAAACCUGAGCAAGUAGAGGGGACUCUUUGUGAUGCUGUUUUCCGUGUUCCCGAGGCCCAAAUUCUGGAUAGCUUCCUUGCGGAUCUGAUCAGCCCCUUUGUUAGAUGA